AUGGUGAGCGGUAUCAGAUAUUCUGUUGUGUAUUACAAAGCGCGAGAGCUUAUUAGAAACUCUUGGCCACUUCGGGGAAGAACAGAGAAGGCUGCCCGUAUGUCUACUCCCACCACCGGUGGUGUGAAGAACCUCUAUUGUUACCGCCCUGGUACUGUUACUCUUCGUGAAAUCCGGAAGUAUCAGAAGAGUAACGAGCUCCUGAAUAGGAAGCUUCCCUUUCAGAGGCUUGUUCAUGAAAUUGCCCAGGACUUCAAGACUAAUCUGCGUUUCCAGAGCCAUGUUGUCUUGGUUGUUCAGGAGGCGGCUGAGGCCUACCAGGUAGGUCUGUUUGAGGACACCAAUGCCAUCCAUGCCAAGUGGGUUACCAUCAUGCCGAAGGAUAUUCAGUUGACUAGGAGGAUCUGCGCCGGAGGUGGCUCACAGCCCAGGCCUAGCCUACGGUCUUUGGCUAGCUACCAUCCCUGGCAACUAUCUUCUGCCAUUGCCCCAUGCCCCAUUGUCACCUGUCACAGUCACUCACCACCGUCUCCAACCACCCACCACUACUUGCUAGUCUUAGCCACCGUUCUCUUCAAGCCAGCAGACGAGUUAGUCAACCCGGUGUCACCUAGCCAAGUUCAGCAAAUCAAUUCGUCGAAUUCUGUAGUUAAAAAUAAGUAA